AUUUUGAAAGUAGCAGACAAUCCGUCCAAGGAGUUACUAGUUAAUUACAAAAUACCAAUAGCUAAUUUAAUACCAUUCCAUCAAUAUCACUUUGAGUUUAUCCAGCCAGAAAAAUAUGGUUCAGUGUCAGGUAUAAGGAUGUAUGCGACCGUGAUGCGUAAACGUAGUGUCCUGCCAAGGGAUCCAAACUUUGUAUUUACAGGUUUAGAAGUAUAUUUGAGAGCCGUACAACAUGAACUUGGCAAUCCUAUUGGACCUCUCAUAGCUGUAGCUAGAGUGGUUCCAGACUAUUUUGGUUAUAAGAGAGACAUGUUGUUGCGCAAUCCUAGACCGGCUGGUAUUGAUUUAAUCAGUGUUGAAUUUCCAGACCCACAUCCAUCUGCAUUUAAAAUUCAACCUGCACGAAGACAAGGCUACCCACAGAUAACUGUCCCUGGAAUCCCAUCAGAACAACCAGUGUGGAACCACAUGUUCUUUUUCCACCAAUCACGUGAUAAUGCUACUAUGUUUUCAGAGACAGCAGCAUUAGUCAUUGAGUAUUAUCCCUCCACAAAUACUUUCACUGAACUGAGUUGGCAUCUCCAUAAUCCAAUUGGUUUCUCAGUCUUAUUAUUGGAUAAGAAAGUGUACGAAGGUUUGAUGUCAGAUAGCGGCCGUAUGGGAAUUCGAAUUGAUGGAUUGCCCAUACAGGGUAGCAAUCUGAAAACCCGUGACCUACGAACCCCCACGGUGGGUAUGAUAUUGAGACUGAUCACUUCAGAGAGACCAGAUUCAUUGGGCGCAGUGUCUAAUCCGGAUUUACUGCCUACGUUGGAUAAUAUUCCUUUGGACUUGAGUCCUGUUCCUACACCACGUGAGUUAACUCCACCACCGUCCACACCACCACCUCAACCACUUGCACCAGCGGAACCUGUCUGGAUGUUAGCUCGGAAGCAUAAGCCUAAAUUGCCAAUAAAUGAUGGCAAAUUACCACCACGUGAUGCCAUGGAACAUGUCUUACCCGAAUACCAGUAUAUAUUCACUCAAAGUCCACGGAGAUUGAAAGAAACGCCCCCACCGAUGAAGACAAGAGGAGAUUUGAUAACAACUCGACUACCUCCGCCGUAUCUCACAAAACCACAACAACCACCUCCUCCUCAACCACCACCAGAAGAUGAAACAUCACAAUUUCUUGCAAUACCCAAAGGGCCAUACAAUGAAGAACACGCCUUGGGAUUGCUGGAUUUCCAGAUGAAGGAAUUGGAUAAUUACAGAGAAGCAAUGAAGAAAAUGGGUAAAGAUAUACUUCAACUUCGAGAAGAAAUUGCUAGAUUGGAAGGAGAAAAUAGUCAGCUACGAAGACAGCUGAACAUGCAUGACGAUUCCACUAAAGCAAUGCUAUACUCAGCGGAAAUAGAUUCCUUGAAUCGAGCUGAACUAAUGGAAAGAUUCUUAUUACUGAGAAGACAGUUAAUGAACCAAACAGGAGAAGCAAUUAAUUAUAAAGAUAAAUUACAGAAAUUGCAAAAUGAUAUUAUAAAGAAAAAUGACCGAGAGAAAGACUAUUUAAAGUUACAAGAUGCCCACCUUGCACAGUCAGCAAUGUUGCAAAAAUUACAAGACAAAAAGGAGAAAAUGAAGAAAUUAGAAGGAACUAUUACAGAACAAGAAAAAGUUAUAGAAAAAUUAGAGAAAUUACUCAAUGACAAGAUAAAGAGUGGUCAGAUGGCUGCUGACAAAAAAUCUGAAGCUUAUGCUACUUUGAAUGCAGACAAUGCUAGACUACGAGCUGAAUUAGACUAUUUAAAAGCUAAUCCUCUAAAUAAGGCUAGUGCCUUGGAUGAAGCAGAAAGAAUGGAAUUAUAUGCUAAAUUAGACAGAGCAGAAGGAAGAAUCAUGUCUUUAGAAAAACAACUUGAAUCUAACGCUAGAAGGUGGGGCAAAGAAAAAGAAGGUUUACUUAUUAGAAUGAAUGAACAAAAUAAGGGAUUUGGAAGGUCGUCACCAAUAUAUUUACGAGAUUCAUACAGAGCACAUGAUGAUGAUUAUUUAAGGGGCCGGAAACAUCGACACAGUAAACUAGAACCGUUGUACUGAUAACGAACGUACGCGAGAUUACUCUUGAUGUCUUCCAUUCCAACAAGUAUAACUAACAGAAAAGUUACUAAUACAGGUCACAGAAAGGUCAUACAGAAAAAGACAUUGUGAUCAAUUCAGAUGAAUAUUAAAGCCAGAGUGUAUUGACACCCAUCAUUCUAUCAGAAGAUUUGAAUUUACUGCGCCAGAAUUAUGUGUCAAUAUUAAGACAUUCAUACCCAUCUGCUCUUGUAGUUGCAUCAUUUUAUUGUAUGUAGUAUUUCCAUCCAAUUUUUAAAUAUUUUGUUGACCCUUUAUGUGUCUUCCAAACUUAGAUUUCAAAGUUCAAAUUAUUUAUUAUUUUUAUAUAGUUUGCUUCACUUCGAUGCAAUUUUAUUUUUUUCUAGUUUGAGUGAUGAAUGUCUAGAACACAAACAAAUGACAUAUGAAUGUCUAGAAAAUGAAUUAUGGUAUAUAAGAAAUUGAGAAUGAAACAGUUGGCAAUAAUAUGGACUGGAAACAGUGGAAUGCCAUAUAUGGCAAUAAUAGUGACUAGAAACUGCUGAGUGCCAUAUAUGGCAAUAAGAGGGAAUAGAAACAGUCAAGAGCCAUAUAAGGCAAUACUAGGGACUAAAAACAGUGGAGUGCCAUCAUAAGGGUAAUAUUAGGGACUAAAAACAGUGGAGUGCCAUAUACAUGUAUGGCAAUAAUUGGGGCUAGAAACAGUGGAGUGCCAUAUAUGGCA